GAAGCAAAAUUAAGUUUUCGAGAGAUUUUCUAAAAAGUCUAAAUUCUUUAUUAUUCAACAGUUUUUUCCGAAUGUGUACUAAAAUUUGAGAUUGAAUAUUAACAUACAUCAUACUACAUAGAAGACUUUCAACAUUUAACAUAAGUUUAAUGGUGUAAAGUGUGAUCAAAUACCAAACUGUGUUAAUAUCACAUGCACACUACCCAAGGAUUCCUGAAGUAGACUGAAGAAUAAGCCACAUUCGUAUAAAAUAAUAAAUUUCAAUAUGAGUGAUAUAAGUGAUGAGUAUUCUUCACAUGAACUAGUUCCUGACCACAUCUUUGAAAGCAUAUUUUCAUAUUUGAGCCUUAAAGACAUAAGAAGUUGUUCUCUCGUUUGCAAAACAUGGUAUAGAAUUUUAAAUGAUGAAAAUAAUGAUGUAUGGAGAUUGCACUGUAUGAAGAGACUAGCUGAAGAAGUGUUGAAAUCAGAUUUACUUUCCACCCUUCCAACAUAUAAAUCUAAACUUAGAGCUUUUUGUCACUCCUGGAACCCAUAUGAUUGUUCACGGAACAUUUAUGUAAAGCCUAAUGGAUUCACUUUACACAGAAAUCCUGUGGCACAGAGCACUGAUGCAUGUAGAGGCAAGGUGGGGUUCCACCACGGCAGGCAUGCAUGGGAAGUGAUAUGGGAGGGCCCCCUGGGCACCGUGGCGGUGGUGGGCAUCUCCACCAAGGAGGCCCCCCUGCAGUGCCAGGGCUACGUGGGCUUGUUGGGCUCCGACGAGCAGAGCUGGGGCUGGAACCUGGUGGACAACCACCUGCUGCACAACGGAGAUGCGCAGGGGAACUACCCUGUGCUUAACAAUUGUCCUAAAUACCAGGUUGGUGAAAGAAUUAGAGUUAUAUUAGACUGUGAAGAUAACACACUUUCCUUUGAGAGAAAUUAUGAAUUUCUUGGUGUUGCAUUUAGAGGUCUUCCCAGUAGAAAGAGGCUCUACCCUACAGUUUCAGCAGUGUAUGGUAACACAGAGGUAUCAAUGGUGUAUCUAGGCCAUCCCCUGGAUGGCUGAUAUUUGAUAAUGGUUAUCAAAUUAGUCAAUUUUUAUAACAUAAUCUGUAACUGUAAGUCUAGUCAUCAUCAUAGUUAUGUGAUAUAAGCAUAAGUAUACACACUUUGCAUUUUUUUACUGGUAUCAGUUAAGCUUA